AUGCAGAACCCCUCAGACUCUCCUUCAUCGGCGCAUCAAAUUCACUCUGAUCAAGAAUGUGGGUUCAGAGUUGGGAAGCGUGUCCACUGGAUUGGGGAUACCCGGCGGAUUGGAACGGUCAAGUAUGUGGGACCCGUGGAGGGGUAUUCGGGUACAUGGGUCGGAGUUGACUGGGACAACGACGGCGACGGCAAGCAUGAUGGGUCCCACAACGGCGUCAAGUACUUCGACGCCAGAGGCCUCAAAACGGCAUCGUUUGUUCGACCUCACAAUCUGAGCUCCGGAAUUUCGCUCUUACAAGCACUCGAAGCUCGCUAUCGAACUGUUUCUACUAAAGAAGAAGAAGAUGAGAUGUAUGUCCUUUCUGCAAGAAACAAAAGGGUGUCUAUUGAGCUGCUUGGAAAAGAGAAAAUUCAAGACAAGCUAAGUCAAUUUGAGGAGUUGACAAGUGCAUCACUGUCUUAUUUAGGUGUCAGCUCUACUGGAUCCCCUAGUCAUAUCAGUUCAACUCUACCACAUCUAAAGGAGCUCGAUUUGACUGGAAAUCUUCUUGCAGAAUGGAAUGAUGUUGGCAUCAUCUGCAAAGCGUUACCUUCUCUUGCUGCUCUCAAUUUAUCCUAUAAUUCCUUGUCAACUGACAUAACUACUAUGCCUCAGCUGAACAGCAUAAGAAUUUUAGUUCUGAACCAUACUGGCGUGAUCUGGAAGCAGGUCGAAAUGCUUAAAGAUUCACUGCCAUGCAUUGAAGAGCUGCAUCUUUUGGGGAACAAAUUGAGAGAAAUUACGACAGUGUCUGCCACAGCUGUCCAGGGAUUUGAUUUUCUGCGCUGUCUUAACCUGGAAGACAAUUAUAUAGCUGAUUGGGAAGAAAUCUUAAAGCUUUCACAGUUGAAGAGCUUGGAGCAGCUUUUUUUGAACAACAAUGAUUUGAAUCGCAUAUGGUACCCUGAUUAUGGUACAACACAUAAAUCAGACAAUGGUUGCAAGUCUCUUGACAAAAAUCCUAGGCCUUUCAAUACUUUGCAGUGCCUUCUUUUAGGAGGUAACAAAAUUGAAGACCUGGACUCCAUCGAUUCACUUAACUCUUUCCCCAACUUGGUGGAUAUAAGGCUUUCCGAGAACCCUAUAGCAGAUAUAGGGAAAGGCGGUGUACCCAGAUUUGUUUUGAUUGCCCGUUUGGCGAAAGUAGAAACAUUAAAUGGAAGUGAGGUUAGUCCUCGAGAAAGGAAGGACUCUGAAAUUCGCUAUGUUCGAUUGGUCAUGUCGAAGUUUCAUGAUAAUUCUGAAGAAAUUACACAGCUUCACCCCAGGUUUGCUGAGCUUAAGAAAAUUCAUGGAAUUGAGGAUGAAAGGCCGUUAACAGGAGCAACAGGCCCUCAAAAAAUGGCUUCAGGACUCAUCUCUGUUUCUUUGAAGUGUGUUGGAGCAUCAAUUGGUGAAAAGCCCCCGGUGAUGAAAAAAUUGCCUGCAACUACUACGGUCGGAAAGCUAAAGAACUUGUGUCUGAGUUUCUUCAAGUUAAAGUCUGUUAAGCCAGUUUUGUUUCUUCAAGAAGAGGAUUCUCCGCUACCUACAUUGCUUGAGGAUGAUAUGGCAUCUUUAAUUGAACUUGGAGUCGGUAAUGGGUCGACCAUUCUUGUAAAUGAAGAAUCCUGA